AUCCUCUCUCAGUCCAACGUGGUUCCUCCAAGAGCGCCUCGUCUUCUCUACACUUGUUUGCUGAACGCGGAGGCGGGGAUGAGUGUGGAGCAGGACCGGCCGUACGCCUGCAGCGCUCCGGACUGCUUACAGCGCUUCCCUACAGAAGAUCACCUGAUGAUCCACCGGCACAAGCAUGAGAUGACCCUCAAAUUCCCCUGCGUGAAACCCGACAGCCUGCUGGCAGACCAGACUCCCACGCCGACGCGCUUCCUGAAGAACUGUGAGGAGGUGGGGCUGUUCAGCGAACUCGACUCCAUCGAGCAUGCGGAGGAGGACAGCAAGCAGAACCUGUCCUGCCAGGACCGCCUGACCAACCCCGGCUCCAGCAUCGCCAUCCAGCAGCCAUUGCCCUCCCCCCAGUCCAGCUCUGUCAUCACCCAGGCCCCCUCCACCAAUCGGCAGAUAGGGCCUCUCCCUGGCUCCCUCUCCUGCCUGCUGCACCAGCCUCUGCCCGCCUCCAUGCCCGGUGUUCUGCCUGACCCCGCCCUGCCAGGGUCCUCAGCGCUGCAGAUACCUCAGGUAGAGAGGCACCUGUCCAUGGGUUCCAGCAUGCUGGGUCUGCAGGGCCCCGCCCACCUCAGCGGCUCCUGCUCUGCCCCCCAGGGGUCCUCUGUGCACUCAGACACCAAGCAGAGGCUGAAAGCUGUGCUCGGACAUCACCCCGGAGCCGUUACCAAUGGCAACAUCAGCACCAUGGGUCACAUGAUGGAGAUGAUGUCAUCGCAGCAGGAGCAGGCGGAGCAGCAUGGCCUUCCCUCACAGCAGAGCCUUCAGAGCCUGUCUCACGCCUACCAGCACCACGCCCACCUCCCACACCCGGCGCACCUGCGUCCCCAGCACAGCUCUCAGUGCCUGCUCCAGCACGCUGGCCUGGCCUCGCAGGUGUCUGCAGGUGUGCAGGUGUCUGCAGGUGUGCAGCCGAUGCAGGCGCUGCAGUCACUGCCAUUGGCCAGUGGGGGACGGCGCAGGCGGGCGGCGGAUGAGGACCCGGAUGAGCGGCGGCAGAAGUUUCUGGAAAGGAACCGGGCGGCGGCCACACGCUGCCGGCAGAAGAGAAAGGUGUGGGUGAUGUCACUAGAGAAGAAGGCCGAGGAGCUCACCCAGACCAACAUGCAGCUGCAGAGUGAGGUGACGAUGCUGAAAACAGAGGUGACGCAGCUGAAGCAGCUGCUGCUGGCGCAUAAAGACUGUCCCGUCACUGUGUCACAGAAGCAGCUGUGCAGAGACCCCAGUGCAGACAGCAGCCCCACAGGAAGUCCCGCCUCUGUGUGUUCCCAGCAGCAGGAAGUCCAGCAGAGCACUGUUACCACCUCCACUGCAGGGGGCGCCAGUGCGCACGGCCAGCAUGACACCCGCGCUUCCACCAAGCCCAUCCUGUAGAGACCACGCAUGUCCACCCUCAGAGAGAGACCCUGAAACCCUGCAGGCCCUGCCUGUCCCCGCCUUUUGCACUCUCACUUACUGUCCUCAGGGUCAGACACAGCGACACAGCAGCAGUCCACUGGAAACGUCCAGUCCCUCCCCCCAUGUCACUUCCUCUCACUCUUACAUCACUUCCUGUGACUGUGCACAGCAUGCACACCUGUGCAAUCCUCUGCACCCUGUGAGGACCAACAAAAUCCUGGCAGAAGACUGUUUGUCCA